ACAAGGAUAGCAUGAAAAAUCAACAUGGCAGAGCACAGUAAAGGAGGCAUUUUCACGAAAGCGCAAAAAACUUUAACUCGUACAAAAGCUAAGGUCCUACAGAAUCUUGGAAAAGCUGGAAAAACAUCAGAUGAAAAGUUAGAUGAAUAUGUCCACAAACUCGACAAACAGCAGGAAACUGCAAACAAAUUCCAGAAGGAACUGCGCACCUACAUAAAUGCUGCCAAAGCAAUGCAGAAUGCGUCGCGGUCCCUGUUUGCCACAAUACAGGAGACCUAUGAGGAGGAAUGGGAAGGUGGCAGCAAAAUACAUGAAAAUCUUCAGUCCAUGGAGUUGAUGUGGGCAGACUUCAUCCAAAACCUUCAGGAAAGAGUUCAGGAACCGAUGGCAACCUACACAAGUCAUAUAAUACCCCUCAAGACACGAAUAGCUAAACGAGGACGUAAGAUGGUCGACUACGAUAACGCAAGACACAAUUUGGAUGUCGUGCAGAAUGCAAAGAAAAAAGAUGAAAACAAAAUUGCCAAGGCAAAGGACGAUGCUGAACAGGCAAAGAUGAUCUACACUGAGAUGAAUGACUAUCUCCAUGCCGACCUCCCAGAGUUCUACAACAGUCGUGUUAGUAUGUAUGGUUCAAUAUUUGAAAAACUCUUCGGCACAGAAAGUGUGUUCCACUCUGAGCUUGGAAAGUUAUCUGAUGACGUAAGUGACAUCUCAAAACAUUUAGCGAGUGAGAACCAGUUUUCCUACAGACCACGCCCCAUCAGCAAGGCUUUGUCACAUGAAAACACACAUGUAGUGAAUGGAGAGAAUGGCGACCAUACUAACGGCAACAGUGGAUACGAGUCGUCCAGCCCAGUAAGCACACCCACACGACCAUCACAGCCUCCAAUGUUAAACGGCCAUGAGGAAGACGAAGGGCAUCAUUCAUCGCCGGAAAGCCCAGUGUACCAGAAUAACAUGUCCUUCCAAGAAACUGUGCCCCUGUCCCCGCCCCAGAUCGACAAUAAACCAGAGGAAGAAAUAGUGACUCCACCCCAAGUAGAAAGUCAGCCUCCACAGCCAGUUGUUGCAGAGCAGACCACUAACACUCAGGAGCAGAAAGAGACCGAGGAAACCAAAGACACGAACGAAGAAGCAUCCACCUCUCAGGAAACACCCACCACCAAAGACACAUCCUCUCAGGAGAUACCAGAUAAGGAACCUGUCAUUGAUGCUCCUGACUAUCCUCCACCAGCUGUCCCCCUAAACCUCCCUCCCACCAGCGACUCGCCUGUGAUGCAGAUGAAGGAGGAGGAGUCGUUACCUACGGAGGAGCCAGAGCCUAAGGCAGGGGGUCCAGAACCUGAGGCAGAGGAAGCACCAAUAUACGAUAUUGUCCCGUCACCCGCAGAAACAAAACAAACAGAGGUAGAGGACACAAGUAAAUUCGACGAUGACAAUUUGUACGAAGUGCCAAAGUCCAAUGCACCAGUGGUAGAGAAACUACCCGAGGGAACUCUGUAUAUGGUUGUGACCACUCAUUCCUACACCAAGGAGGAUGAAGACGAACUAAGCUUUGAGAAAGGUGAUGUGAUAUAUGUGAUGGAAUACGAUGGCACGGAGGAUUUGGAUGAUGGGUGGUUGAUGGGUGUGAAGAAGUUGACAGGUGUCAAGGGUGUCUUCCCAGAAAACUUCACGAAGCGUGAAAACUGAAACCAAACUUACUAACAGGGUUCUAAUUGGCCAGUUGACCGGUGUCGGGAGAAAGUUUUAUAGUUUGGGAUGUCCCGAAAAAGGAAGUUUGAAGCUGAAGUAUUCACUCAGAAUAUCUGCUUUUGAUCAGCUUUGUGCUACAUUGAGUCAAAUACUUACUUGUGUUCAACAGUUGCUUUGAGAAAGAAAUGUUCGUUCGAGAACAGUGAACACUGUUCGUACCGAUCAAACAAAAAAUACCAUAUAGUAUAUUCUGAGUAUGGUACUCGGCUACUCCCUCCAGGCAGGAACGCACUGGACAAAAUAGAUUCUCCUCCCGUUGAUUCAUGUUUAUGUUUGGAUCCCUCCUGCAAUAUCCUGGAUCAACACCAUCGCCUGUGCUUCCCUAAAUUUUAAGAUUCUUUUGUGUCUGAUGAAAAGAAAACUAAAAACUGUAUUGCUAUUUCGCUUCUCUUCCUAUUUACAUCGAGACACACAACACUUGCCAUAUCAUAUAAAAAAAUCAUGUGUAUUCCUUUAUAAACCCUUACAGCUGCAAAUUACUUCUGUAAUACUCAAAGAGCUUCAUUUAGGCUAUAAAGGAAGCAUUGUAUCAGAUCAUGGUCUAAUGAUUACGUUCAGUAGAACUUAAUGCUACAGGGGCCGUUACGCAGGGUAAUUCUGUUCGAAAUAUACAGAUGUUCGGAUAACACAGGUUGAAUACACAUAUAAUAUAAUAAUAUAUGCUGUGAAACAUGUAGCUGUUGUUCAUAGUAAGUUUCCUAUUAAAGUAAACUGGAUCUAGUUUAAAAUUAGGUUAAUACUAGUGAUAAUAGCAAAAGAGAGUUGAAAUACUUACAAAUAGGGUAUUUAAAUUAAUAUUGCAAUUAAUGUAUUUGCUAAUUAUGAUUGGUGUGCAAUUAAACUACAGAAAAUGACCACCAUUUAAACAAAUGAUUUUAUGCAAAUUGCAUGGUGACCUGAGAUCUAAUAAUAUUAUUCUUAGGGGUAAGAAGGGAAUGUUGGAAAUUUAUUUUAAUUAUUCUGUGUUUUGAUCGACUUAUUAUUCCUGUGCUACAGUGUGACAGAUUUAAACUUAAGUUGUUUAGUUUUUGUUCUAUGUUUGUAAUGAUGUAUGCAUCAAUUGUUUGACAUGUUUUUAGACAAGAUAUUGUUACUGUUGUGACGGCCUCAAUUUUUGACAAAGGUCCUUGGGCAGACGUUCAGUAUACUACAUAAUAAUUCCGAAGUGAUGUUGGACCCAGGAGUGAAGGUAAGGUUUAAUGCUACAGAUGUUAUGGUGAAUUCAAAUUGCAGACAUUUUGGUCAGAAGUUGAGUGUGCUAGUAGAAGGCUAGAAGUUCACUUGGCAGGAAUAAAAUUCCGGACAGUUUGGUUAGGAGCAUCACAAUGCUAGCUAGCGUUCUUCUGUUGUUGCAAUGCAGACUGGAAAUGGGGGAAAUAUAUGAGGAAAGAUAGAGGCUCACAGGAGCAAUCUGGGAGCAUUGUUUUACACGAAGACAAGCUUAAACUUCUGUUUUGUGCAAGAUGGGCAUAUAAUCCUGGGUAGGAUUAGCUAGACGGGCGUGUGGGAAUUCAGCUCUGAUCAGAAGAGAGUGUGAAUAUUUGUGCAAUGUAGUGGACUAGAGUCGUAAGUAUAAAUAGAUCAUCAUAAUGUGAAACAAUUGGUAAAUUUUUGCACCCUUUGUGUUAUAACUUGACAUUGCAAAAUUACAAACAAGAAAUAUGUCGAUCAUACACAACUAGACUUAAAACUGCUUAUUUAGUGAGAUUAGGUCAAGAGAUUUUUGUGUUAAAAUGUUUUUCGUAAGAUUUCAAAUAGAUGAUGUUGGAUCUGUUCUUGGAGAUCUUGACCUUACCUCGAGUGCCUUGCCUGUAUUAUGAUAUAUACUCUGGGAUCAACUUCCUAUUGGUACGAAAACGUCCUCCAGGAUAAUUACAUGUAUUCUUAUUACAAUGUUGUACAUGAGUUAAUCAUUCAGAAUCAUUAUUAUUUUUUCUGCCAUUGUAACUUUUGAAGUUUAUUGUACAUACAUACUGUUUCAUUAUGAAAAUAUUAUCUAAAUUUUAUAAUGUUAUGCAUAUUGGUGUUUCAUAUCCUAUACGAAUUAUGUUACAUACAUAUAUAUCAUACUCCUUGUAUACCAUUUGAAUCAGUUUACUUUCAUUUUACAUUUGUUAUGUACAAAGUUUACGUUCAAGAUUAUACUUGUAUACUUUAUUUUGUAUAUAGAAAUUUAUGUUCUCACUUGCACAAUAAGGAUACAACUUAGUUUUGCAUUUUUGAUCUAGAACAAUUCUUGCUCACAUUUCUUUCAAUUUUCUUUAUUAUUGAAGUUAUUCCUUUUUUUUCCUUAUUUAGAAGCUUCCGACAACAUUCUUGCAAGUUAUCCUAACACAUCCUUUCUUCCCUAGAUUUAUACUCUGUCUAUUUCUGACCAUACCUAAUUUCUUCUCUAAAUGUUUACGUUUUCGCUAUAACUUUCCAUUAUGAAUUUUCUUUCCCAAGUACCGGUGGAACCUGGCUAGUUCUGACUCAGUAACUAAACCAAAACGUUUUCUGUCAGAUUGACGACAUGAAGAUCCUUUAGUGAACAUACCUGUUUCAUUAAUAUAAAUAUUAUGCUAUUCAGAAACUUACAAGUUUCCACUGUACUUAAAUAAAAUCCUAAUAUAGCCGACAUGGUACUUUCUACAUCUUGCUUGAUGUGAUGUCUCUUCAUCUGUUAUUAUUUCAUGUCUAUCAGAAGAAUAGAUUUUAAUAUGAAAAACAUUACAAGAAAUUUGAGAUAAUUUUGUUGUAUCAUCAAUUAUUGUCUGUUACAGCAUGUAAUCUUGCCAUUAUAUAGGACUUAUUUUGAGAUCGUGUGCCUCCACUGCAGUUGCGAUUUCUAAUCAGGUAGAGAUCAACUUUACCUGUGGAGAAUUGGUGGUUGUAAAAAUUGUAUUAUGUGUAGUAUAAGGGUAUGGACAAGGCAACAGGGGACGGAUAAAUUGAUAAAAUGAUGAUAGGUCUGGUCCAUUUUUUACUGGUCCCUGUAGAUAUGGCUAUGUCUUUCAUGCUACCAUGUCAUGAACAUUGGUUAACAUUAAGAAACUAUUACUAUAGUUGAAGAAAUAUUCCUCAUGAUUUUUCGAUUACCCCAAUAAUGCUUUUAAAUGUGAAAACUUAUCAUAAGGAAGUUUCUUAAAUUAAGAAAUAUCCAAGUAAUUGGGGACUGGACAAGCAAUUGUUCGUUAAUAAAGAUUUCUAUAUGGUUUUAUAGAAAUUUUCAAUAACUGUUGUCAUUUCAAAUAUAUUUUUUUGGUACACAAAAUGUCAGAGAGAUGGAGCUAGGUCAAUGAUAAGUAGGAUAAAAUUUUGACUUCCACAACUUGAAUCCAGACUUUUGUUUAGAUGUACUACUCCAAAAAUGUUUGAGGUUAAUCAUGGUGAGAUCGACUUUUACAUGCAUGUCACAGUCGACAUAAUCAUAUCUGACCAGCGGUCACUUAUCUUCGGAAUAGAUGUUGUACCUGCAGAAUAAUUUGGUUUUGAUAACGAUAAUGUUAACAAUCAGACAUGCUAGUCUGGAACUAUAUGUGAACCAGCAAAUUUACUCUCUGUAGAUAACUAUAUAUUCUGCAUUGUUUACUAUUUACGUACGAGUGCUACUGGUGUACUUAAGGGAAAGAAGGUCCUUUGGAUUUUUCAGAGUACCUUUUAUAAUGUAAAUAAGACUAUCGGACCAAUAUUCGUUGAGAAAACAAAUGAUUUUCAGUUCCUGUUCCACGUGGCAGUGAAACUGGAACACUUCAUCACAUUCCAGAGAAGGGAUAUAAUUCAUAUUUUUUUUAUACCUAUAUCAAUUAUAUAUAGUUUUUAUAUGUAUACAUGAAAUAUAUAUAUAUACAUGUUUCCAUACUUGUUAAUAAUAUUGUCAAAUACUCAAAAUCACAGUAAAUAGAUUUUAUUUUUUUCAAAAACUAGUUAUUUUCAUGCAGAUGGAUUAUAUAAGAGAAACUCGGUACAGGUGCAAUAUAGUUUCCUAUGCCAUUUCAUCUAAUCAAAUUUUGUGGUACUAUCUACUUACAUGGAGACUUAUUUUGUAUGGCAAUAUGUAUAGAGAAAAUUCAAUUUCUUCAAUGAAAUUUUUCCAAAAGGACUUUUUGGUAUGCAUAAUGGGUUGAAUUGUUAAUGCAUUAUUUUUGCACUAGGAGAAAAAAAUGUAAUUCAUGCAUAAGUAAAUCGGCAGGAUCACAUCUUUCAUGAAUAUUGUAAUAGGCUGUAAAAAGUAAAAGGAAAAAUUGAAUAAAAAGGAUGUUGGUAUUGAUUUUCAGAUGAUCAUUUUCUUGCAUAUUAGUAUUAUAGAAAGUUUAGCAGCAGUGUUUCAAAAAACUGCAAAAAUAAAACAACCACUAAAAUUACCCACUGUACAGUAUUACAAAUUACUUGCAUGAACUUGUUAUCCGAGAUAAAAAGUUCAGUUGACGAAAUUUUCAUGGAUGAAAUAUUGAUAUGCUGUAUAAAUUGCAUCAGUUUGAUUUUUGCUGUACUUGUUUAAUAUAUCAAGAACAAAGAAACUGCAUUUUGUCUGGACUGUUUGCUAAAUUGUUGUCAUUCAUUCUCUGUAAGUACAUAAAUUAAAAUACUUUGAACUAUAACAUUUA